AUGGCAGGAUUCGUAACGGCUUUCAUGAACCCCUUCAACUAUGUUGGUGGAGUCAGCUUCGCCCCCGAGACAGACAUACCAAACUUGGCCGGGAAGGUCAUAUUGGUCACUGGCGGAAACGCCGGUCUGGGCAAAGAAUCAAUUCUCCAACUGAUCAAGCACAACCCGAAGAAAGUGUUCCUAGGUGCGCGUUCGGAGUCAAAGGCACAGGAAGCUAUCAAAUCCUUGAAGUCGUCCGUUCCAAGCGAAGUCGACAUCACAUGGGUUCCUCUGGAUUUGAUGUCGAGCAAAUCAAUCAAGAGUGCCGCUGAACAAGUCAAUGCCCAAACCGACCGACUCGACAUUCUAAUUCUCAACGCCGGUGUGAUGGCUCUGCCUCCUGGUGAAACUGAACUCGGCCAUGAGAUUCAGCUAGGAACAAACCACACCGGCCACUUCCAUCUCACCAAGCUCUUAUUACCGACCCUGCUCAAGACGGCCGAGCAGCCCGGUGCGGAUGUCCGAGUUGUAUCGCUCUCGUCGGUUGGGCAUAACCUGGCCCCCGCAUUCGAAACUAUCCUGGAUCAAAAGAAGCUGAAGCAUGUCAACACCAACACUCGGUACGGUGCUUCAAAAGCGGCCAACAUCCUGUUUGCUGCGGAGCUCAGUAGACGGUACCCGUCCAUAACGUCGGUUUCGGUUCACCCUGGCGUCAUCAUGACUGAUUUGUAUGGGUCGAUGAAUGAGCGCUCUUCGGUCGCUGCUCUAGGACACAAGGUCAUGGGCUGUGUUGGGACAUCGGUGUCUCAGGGUGCGUGUAAUCAGCUGUGGGCCGCUGCUGGUGCGAAAAAGGAGGAACUUAGGAACGGCGCGUAUUACGUGCCAGUCGGGAACCUGAAGUCUCAAAACAAAUUCUCGAUUGAUGAAGAUAUGGGAAGACGCCUGUGGGAGUGGACUGAGACUGAGCUUCAAAAAGCCAAUCUGUGA